CUCGAUCAACAUCAACCUGAAAACGUUCUCUCGCCUCCCAAUUAUUUAUUUUGUCGAAUAUGGAAGCAAAUCUCUAGUCGAACACCCGCCAAAGCUGUUUCCGUCUCUGCCCAUCCAAACGUUUCCGAUAACGUUACCGUCGCUAUGCCGUCUCAAAAGACCUCCAAUGGCACCGGCCAGGUGAGCCAUCGCCUGCGCAAUUUCUUCCGCAUGAACACUGGAGGUAGCACCGGCAGUGCUUCUAGCGAUAAGGACAAGGAGAAGGAGAAGGAAAAGGGUUCGGCCGCCACCACUCCCGAUCCCUCGAAAUCCCGUCAUACCAAGUUCUUUAGUAAUACCGUCGGCCGUCUGCGCGCGCACACCGUCGCUAGCGAGGGUAACCAGCUGGAGGAAGCCAUGAGUCCUACGGCACAUGCAAACCCUUAUUUCGCCCAUCAAGGCCAACCAGGAUUGCGUCACCACAAUUCCGACUCUGUUCCCCCAAGCCCCCCCGAUACACCGAGUCUCAAGGUCCAAGGCCCUGAUGGUGCCCCUGCGAACGAUCAAACUACCAGCGAAACCAAAGAGGAACUCGCCCGGAGACUUAGAAGAGUCGCCAGUGCACCCAAUGCCCAGGGCCUGUUCUCCAAAAACGAUCCCAACAAUGAGCGUCCCGCGACUGCCGAGCUCGGCAAGGAUCCUCUUCUCACAAGUUCAGGCGCAUUGGGCCUUAUAGAAACGGCUAAGGCUCUGGAGGCCGAAGACAAGGCCAAACAUGCCAAUUCUGACGAUGUUCUUGCUGCUCUUCCUGCUCCUAAUCUGGGCAUGGCUUUCCGCCGCACCUAUAGUUCCAAUUCUAUCAAGGUUCGAAAUGUUGAAGUUAGCCCCUCCAGCUUUGACAAGAUCAAGCUUAUUGGAAAGGGAGAUGUUGGAAAGGUGUACCUCGUAAGGGAGAAGAAGAGCAGCAGGCUUUAUGCCAUGAAGAUACUAAGCAAGAAGGAAAUGAUCAAGCGCAACAAGAUUAAGCGAGCUUUGGCAGAGCAGGAAAUUCUUGCGACAAGUAACCAUCCGUUCAUUGUCACAUUAUAUCACUCUUUCCAGUCAGAAGACUACCUAUACCUGUGUAUGGAGUACUGUAGCGGCGGCGAGUUCUUCCGCGCUCUGCAAACACGACCUGGAAAAUGCAUUCCUGAAGAGGAUGCUCGAUUCUACGCCGCCGAGGUAACAGCAGCACUGGAAUACUUGCAUCUUAUGGGUUUCAUUUACCGAGACCUGAAGCCUGAGAACAUUCUCCUGCACCAAUCGGGUCAUAUCAUGCUUUCAGACUUCGACUUGUCCAAGCAGUCAGAUCCUGGUGGCAAGCCGACCAUGAUCGUCGGCAAGAACGGAGCCCGUACCGACGCUCUCCCAACUAUCGACACUCGUUCAUGUAUCGCUAACUUCCGCACAAAUUCUUUUGUUGGCACAGAAGAGUACAUUGCGCCAGAAGUGAUUAAGGGCAGCGGUCACACAAGUGCGGUCGAUUGGUGGACAUUGGGUAUCCUUAUUUACGAAAUGCUUUACGGCACAACACCCUUCAAGGGCAAGAACCGAAACGCAACUUUCGCAAAUAUCCUUAGAGAGGAUAUUCCAUUCCCCGACCAUACCGGUGCACCACAGAUCUCAAACCUCUGCAAGUCUUUGAUAAGGAAACUACUCAUCAAGGAUGAGAACCGACGACUGGGCGCCCGAGCUGGCGCAUCAGAUAUCAAGGCGCAUCCAUUCUUCAGAACGACACAAUGGGCACUCAUUCGACACCAAAAACCACCGAUUGUUCCUCACGCGGGCCGAGGAGUUGAUACAGUCAACUUCCGAAACGUCAAGGAAAGCGAGAGUGUCGACUUGUCAGGAUCAAGGGCGAUGAACUUAAAGGGAGUUCCGUUGGACAGUGGACUGGCAACUCCUGGUGGUGAAAUUGCCGACCCGUUCCUCGAGUUCAACAGUGUCACUCUGCAUCACGAUGGCGACGACGAUCAUCACCGUUGAGUUUGAGUUUGAGUUUCUGGGUGCAACAUUUGAGGUUCAGGAGUUCGAAAUAUUGUUAUUGAUAGUCGACCUCGAUCA